GAAAACUCGGAGGAGUUCCUUCUCAUUCCUCGCGGUGCGACGGCGCGCAUAGAGCCCCGUCAUGGCGGCGAGCGAAGAACCCACGCGGAGCGAUCCCGGCCGUCCGAUGCCCCCAUCCAACGGCCCCGAUCUUCCUCCGCCUGACUCCCAAUCCCUCCUGCGGUCGCUCCGCAUGCGCCUCGACGAAUUGGAGAAGGAGAACGAGAGAUUGCGUUCGCGGCUGUUCAAUUGCAGGUGUUCUAAGGCAGAAGAUGCAGCAAUUCGUCCCAUUGCUGCUGCAAGCUUAGAUGAGACGAUUCGAGGUGCGAAGCGGUGUGAAGAAAUCCAUGCAACUAAAGUAUCAGAGCAUUCUCAGAGCUUUUCUUCCGAUCAUUUGCUCAAUUCUUCUAUCAAUUCGGUCGAGGUGAAAACACAAACAGUUGGGUUAUUUCCGGGAAACUCCUCCGACUGUGGAGAGCGUGAGACAAGUUGCACGUCAAGGAUUAUUAAUCGCUGUUCCAAGAGAUAUAUUGCUCUCAAAAUCAUGUACUUUAGCCAGAGAUUUUAUGGUUUUGCUUCAGAGGCGCAAAUGGAGCCCACUGUUGAGUCUGAGAUCUUCAAAGCACUUGAGAGAACUAAGCUUUUGGUUGGCAAUAAAGAGGAGUCGCGUUACUCCAGGUGUGGUAGAACCGACAAAGGAGUUUCGUCGACAGGCCAAGUGAUUUCAUUAUAUCUGCGAUCUAAUCUAAAGGACAUUGGAGGGAACAGCACUGAACGCAAGAAUUCGGCAUCAGAAGAAAAAUGUGAAAUUGAUUAUGUAAGGGUGCUAAAUAGAGUCCUUCCAAAAGAUAUACGUGUAAUUGGCUGGUGUCCUGUUCCUGCAGAUUUUCAUGCAAGGUUCGGCUGUUUGAGCAGGGAAUACAGAUAUUUUUUCUGGAAAAGGAAUUUAGAUAUACUGAAAAUGCAGGAAGCUGCUGCAAAGUUCAUCGGAGAGCAUGACUUCAGAAAUUUUUGUAAGAUGGAUGCAGCAAAUGUGAGUAACUACAGGCGAAAAAUCACAAAUUUUAAUAUUUCCUCCUGCAAUGAAAGGUCGAAUGAUGAUGAACUGUGGGCAGUGACAAUUAAGGGAAGUGCUUUUCUCUGGCAUCAAGUACGCUGCAUGAUUGCAGUAUUAUUUAUGGUAGGCCAGGGCCUUGAAACCCCUAGUAUAGUUGAUGCACUACUAGACACUAGCAAAACUCCGAGAAAACCUCAAUACAACAUGGCACCCGAGCUCCCACUGGUUCUGCGGUCCUGUGAAUUUGAAAAUAUCAGCUUUACUUGUUCAUUAGAAGCAAGUAAAGCGGUAACUGAACACCUGAGGAGUGAAUAUCACAACUAUAUGCUCCAAGCAGCUAUACAUAAUGAAGCCUUGGGUUGCCUAUGCUCUCCAGAUAAUAGUUCACCAGAACCUGAUCGAAAGAACAGAGGUCAUAUACCUCUCUUGCUACGACAGACUGAGCCAUCAUACGAAGAACGGCUAGCCAAAUUCAACGCAAAAGGGAUUCGUCGUAGAUCUUCUGUAUCGUCUUCGGGCAAUGUAUAGUCAGUGCUGAUAGAGCUUUACACUUGCUGGAAAAUUUUCUGGUAAACUUGUACACUUUGCAGAGACCAUUAGAUUGAAUUGUUGAAGAUAACGGCAUCUUAUUCAUAAAUUUCACCUCGUUGAAAAUGCCUGUAGGCAGACCAACAGGGAAGUUGAAGUUGAGCGAGUAACAACUGAGAGACUUUCUUACCGCGGCCUUUGGACAGCAUAUUGCCAAGUGUGCACUUCAGUAGGAAUGUCGUUUGUCAUAAAACUUUUUUAAGUAUGUUGUACAAGGUUUCCCUGAGUAUGUUGUACAAGGUUUCCCUCUUCACGUUAUGUAUAUUAGAUCAAUUGUGUAAUUACCUUUGAUUGGUGACAGAGUUCCACGUAUUAGAGAAAGGUUCAGAAAUUUGAGGGCAUUGAUCGGUUCAGAAA